UCAUUAUUUUUUUGCCUCAAAUCAGGAGUCAAGAUGUUUUACACAUGUGGACCCAAUGAAGCCAUGGUGGUAUCUGGCUUUGGCCGUUCUCCUCCUCUAAUGAUUGCUGGAGGAAGAGUGUUUGUCCUCCCAUGUAUUCAGAAGAUCCAGAGAAUCACGCUCAACACCCUGACUUUAAAUGUGAAGAGUGACAAAGUCUACACCCGUCAUGGUGUCCCCAUCUCUGUCACUGGCAUUGCACAGGUGAAGAUUCAGGGCCAGAACAAGGAGAUGUUGGCCACCGCCUGUCAAAUGUUUAUGGGCAAGUCUGAGGGUGAGAUCGCCACGAUUGCACUUGAGACACUGGAGGGACACCAGAGAGCCAUCAUCGCCCAUUUGACCGUGGAGGAGAUCUACCAGGACCGUAAGAAGUUCUCCGAGCAGGUCUUCAAGGUGGCUUCCUCUGACCUGGUCAACAUGGGGAUUGGUGUUGUCAGCUACACACUCAAAGAUGUUCAUGAUGAUCAGGACUACCUUCACUCCUUGGGUAAAGCCAGGACAGCCCAGGUGCAGAAGGAUGCCAGGAUUGGAGAGGCUCAGUACAAACGAGAUGCUGUUAUGAGGGAGGCCAACGCAAUGCAGGAGAAGGUUUCAGCUCAGUACAAAAAUGAGAUUGAGAUGGCAAAGGCCCAGAGAGACUACGAGCUGAAAAAAGCAGCCUAUGAUGUCGAAGUCAACACCAAGAAGGCUGAGUCAGAAAUGGCCUAUCAGCUUCAGGUGGCCAAGACCAAGCAGCGCAUUGAGGAGGAGAAGAUGCAGGUUCAGGUGGUGGAGCGUACACAGCAGAUUACACUGCAGGAACAGGAGAUCACUCGCAAGGAGAAGGAGCUGGAGGCCAAAAUUAAGAAGCCUGCAGAGGCAGAGAAAUACCGACUGGAGAGGCUGGCUGAGGCGAGCCGCCUGCAGCUCAUCAUGGAGGCUGAGGCUGAGGCCGAGUCCAUCAGAAUGAGGGGCGAAGCAGAGGCUUUUGCCCUGGAGGCUAAGGGUCGUGCUGAAGCGGAGCAGAUGACCAAGAAAGCCGAGGCCUUCAAGCAGUACAAAGAUGGAGCCAUGGUGGAUAUGCUGCUGGAGAAACUGCCGCUGAUGGCAGAGGAGAUCAGCAAGCCACUGUCAGCGGCCAACAAGGUGACGAUGAUAUCCAGUGGAGGCUCAGAGGUGGGAGCAGCCAAGCUCGCUGGAGAGGUGCUAGAAAUCAUGACCAGGCUGCCUUCCGCUGUGGAGAAACUCACUGGAAUCAACAUCUCCCAGGUUACAGGAAAGACCCCCCUUGUGUAUUAAGAAGAGAGGGAGAAUAGAAGUAAUCAGGAGAGGUGUCACCGAUAUUCAAACUAAGAGCUCCACAUCUCCUCCUUGUGCCUAUAACCACUGUAACGACUCCACACCACCGUAGUCUGUCUGUGUGCAUGCACGUGUUUCACUGUGUGUCUCUUUUGUUGGUUUGUCCUCCAUCUAAGUGGGAUGGGUCCUUCUUUAUGUGGUUUCUUUUCACGUGCCUUGUCUGAGCUGUUGUGCUUUCUGCUGCGGGUGACUGCAAAAGCAGCUGCGAGGGAUACAAUUAUUGAUGAAGCUACUUUUUUGCUAAGACAAAAGCCUCAGCUGACUUUAGCCAGUGAUAGUCGGAGUAGGAAUUCCUGUCUUUGCUCUUAUACUUGACCUUCAGUAUGCAAGUUUUUAUUGUUUAUCUUACUGCAAUCAGUCUAAUUUUCCCUUCAUAGGGACUGGGUCAAUAAACUGUAAUUCCUUUUUAACUUUUUAAUGUAGGAAAUGUUUAUGUGUUUCAUCUAAAGGUUUUUUGUGCCUUUCAAUUCAUUAACGGCGCUGAGCCUCUUUAUCAUAGCAUCGCCUCAUAACUUUGUGUUCGGGCACAUCGCUGCUGUCAAUGUAGUUCAGUAAUAUUUACUUAACACAACACAGCUUCAUUUUUAUUUGCUUUUUGUGAUCUCGUCAGUUGUAAAGAUACAAAGUUGGGUUACUGAUCCAAAUGUUUCUGUAUAGUAACUGACUAUAUUACUGGACCCAAAAUCAUAUCAGUUGUACUGCAAGUGGAAGGAUUUUUUUUGUGUUUCAGAAUGAAAAGAAAGGAAGUGGUUGAUGGGAACAAGCUGAAGGGGUUUCCUGUUAAAAGCAAUGGAAGUAUGUUGUGAUAGGAAAAAGACAAUGUUGACUUUUGAUUUUGCUGCAGUGUUUUCUGUAUAUGGUGAAAGUAAAGAAGGACCCUCAUUAACUAACCAACAUUAAUUAACUAUGUUGCUUUGAUGUACUUGCUACCUGUAGUUUAAACUGACAUAAGGGAGAUAUUAUGACGCUUCUUGGCUUUUUAUUGAGUGUACUGAUAUUCCAUGACAAUGUGAUGCUAAGUAUUAUAGAUUUUGCCGGGUUUUAGCGCUCAUGGUUAUGGAAGAUUUUGAUUGACAGAUCAGUACCUCCGAUUGGGAGCUGAUUUAUAUCUUCUUUCAGACUCUUUACUAAGCUGCCAAGCCUUAUGAAUUUUGUUAUCGCCAAGUGCCUGGUCAAAACUCUUCAACAGUGAAGUCAAGCUGACUUCUAGUUAAGCCUAUUACUCUUCUCUGUCAGGUGAUAUUUCCUCAUAUGCAACUGAUCGUAAGCCAUUGGCUGUCACUAACGACGGCUGUAGUUAAAAGCCAAAUCUGUGUCUACUUCUUUUGUAUGUUCUCCUGACUAAUCUUUUACUUUCCUUUAAAAAAAUGUGCUGUUGCAUGUCUAUCUAUAUAAGCCGUUUUUACAUAGUGUGGAAGUUGUAUAGUAAUGUCAGAUAUCCAAGAUUUAUCUUUAGUGAAAUGUUCUGUAAACAAUAAAAUAUGGUGUAAUCACCGAAAACUG